AUGCACUUCUCCCUGGUCCCGGUGUGUAACUCCGUGAUCCUUUCACAGAUUGAUCUUGUCGAUGACGACAACAACAGGGUAACAGUGACAGCGAACGGCAAAACGAAGGAUACCGCGACCGAUUCGGUAAUGAUGAGUAACAACAGUAGCAACAUGAUCGAUGACGACACAUCGUCGAUCCACAUGGAAACGGUGUCCGUUACCUCGCUGUCCACGGGCAACACGCUCGACAGUGGACUGUCGAUGGACGUUGACGAGGUGACGAUUACGCCCAGCAACAAAAGUAAUGAUGCUGCCGGUGACACGUCAAAUACUGUCAUUAUACAGUAG